UGGGCUCUUAACUAAAACAGAUAGCGCCAACUUCAAGUUGGUCGAUAACACAACUACCAUCAUCCUCAUUUACCCACAAUUCUCGAUUGUGUCAACGUCAAAAUGGCAGUGACGAAAGCGGCCCCCGCGGCGAAGCCCCAAGCUAGGAAGCAACAUAUCCGCGGAAAAGGGAUCAAAAAGAAGAAGGUAGCGCUUAAAUUUAUGGUGGAUUGCACUCAUCCGGUUGAAGAUAACAUCUUGGAUGUCGCAAAUUUUGAAAAAUAUCUCCUUGAAAGGAUCAAGGUGAGUGGAAAGACCGGAAACUUGGGGAAUGCAGUCUCUUUAUCGAGGGAGAAGCAAACCAAGUUAGUUUUGAACUCUGAAAUACCAUUUUCGAAGCGUUAUUUGAAGUAUUUAACGAAAAAGUACUUGAAGAAACAAAAUUUGAGGGAUUGGUUGCGCGUUGUUGCCAAUGGAAAGGAUAGCUACGAGUUGCGUUACUUCCAAAUCAAUAAUCAAGAGGAUGAUGAUGAAGAUGAUAACGAAUAAAUUUAAUUUGGAGUGUUAUUUUGAUUAAAAAGUUUGUUUUUGAUCAA